UAAACAAAUUAUAUCCGUUUAAGAUUAUAAAUUCUUUCAAGAUUCGACAUUUUUAAUUAUACAUAUAAAACAAUGAAUUGUUGAUUUGAUAUUAAUUUUUUCUGUGUACCCCAAUUUAGAGGGCAAUUCACGAACAUACUUAAAUUUUUAUUGGCGUUUUAUGCGUUGCUUAAAUAUUAUGGAAAUAUAAGAAUCUCGAGACCGGCAGCUUGCACAUCGAAACGUCUAAAAAACAAAAGUUUACUUUAUCGCGAGGGAGAUCGAUCUCAUCGAUUGCUUUAUUCUUCUAUCUGUGCGAUCGUCUCGCGUGCACAUGCAAAUCUCCCAACAAUUACACGUGAUAAGAAUAAGCCGCAUUUAUCCGGCUGUUCUCGGGAGAUUAACUGGUCAAAUACUUAAGUACCUAAUCGCUAAAGCGUCACUUUAAUCGCAUACGUGGGGUCAUCUCUCGUCUCUCACAUUUCACUUAAAUCCGCAAUUUUCUUUCACCUCGUCUCAACGAGAUCAAAUCGGAAUAAAAAGAAACUCCUUCCCGCGGAAGAUUCUCGAUUAGAAACGAGCGGGUAGUGUCGCUCAAAAUUCACAAGUCAACAUUAUUGAUCGUCGCAGCGGAACUUGAACGCAAUGCAUCCGCAUUCUCGCCGUGCGACUUCUAUCGGGCUCUAUAACCGCGGAAUCGAUACGCGAGCCUCGGGUUAAUUUUUUUUUUAUUUUUUACAUAUUGUGCACUUCUCACGGUCGGCGUGUGCGAUUACCUCCUGGAUUUUUUAACGCUCUCGCUUCUUCUCGUGCCUUCGCGAAGACGCGUUUUUCUAGUCCGAGCGUUCUGGCCGCGAGACGGACAGAACGCGACGAGUCUAAAGCGAAGAGAGAGAGAGGCGUAUCUACGGAUAUAUCUGCAUAGUUGCGCCACGAUGAAUCAGAGAACAGUUCGAAAAUUGCACUCUUACGGUGCAACGCGACGGGUAGAAUUGCCAUCGAUUUGCAUAUACACGGGAAUGACGCCUUCCUGGACCUGGACGACGCGGCACGCAACACGUGCCUAAUUAUUUUCUUGCGGCUUACCGCGCGCGUUUCCCCUCUCUUAUGCGCUCUCUUAUGCGUCCGCAGCAUAACGAUCCGCGAAGUAGAUCUCCCGUCGUUUUUCACUCGCGGAAUAUUCAUACGGGCGCCGAGAUAUCAGCCGGCUUGACGAGUCGUAUCGCGCGGCAUGGUAUAUGGCACAGGAGGAGUACGUUUGCUCACACAAACUCGACUGUAUUUUACGCGCGUAAAAGAAAAAAAGAAAAGGAACAGGAGCGACGUUUAUUUAUUGCGUAUUUUCUUUAGGAAUCAAUCGGAGGAGAGAAGCCACGUUCUCGAAAGAAUUUUCGCGUCUCCCGUAAGCGUUAGUCACUGGAGUCGGAGGCGGACGAGCGCGAACGAACGCGAACAAACAACUUGCUUCAGCACUGAGAACAAAAUUGUUAAGUUGACUAAAUGUUUCAGUUCAAUUAAAUUUUUUUCAGUUCAAGUAUUUAUGUGUUUGACCUAAAUACAUGAAACAUUUGAAUUUCAGUUUAAGAAUUUAUAUAUUUAACUUAAAUACAUAAACGUUUGAAUUGAAGAAAUUCAAUCGAGUUGAAAAAUUUAGUCAAGUUAACAACUUUUUUUUCUUCAACGAACAAACUGCGAGUAUUACGGCGUCACUUCGAGAUCAUCGUCUUCUCGCGGUUUGAUUGAGGAGAGCAACGACCGCGGACAUCUGUAUUUUCGUUUAGAAAAACUUUGUUUCGAUAAUAGUUCAAUCCCAAACUUCAUUUUUAAAGGAAGACGGAAGAAAGAUGUUAAUGUAAGAAAAACGAUUUCAAGCAAUUUUAUUAAAUUUUUCUCGACAAUCGACUAUACGUGGAACUUUCAAGUUGCCAGCCCAGGUGAAAUAGAACCCGCAGGUGACAUCGCGGAUCAAUUAUGCAGUGUAAUACAAUGUUGCGAAAAGUCGAAGCCGGAAUAGAUUGUGUACGGGCGCGUACAUACGUAUAUAUGUAUUUCCUUUUCCCGGGAUUGUGGCGAACGACGUUCCGCGGAAAUCGAUCGUGUGGCAUCGGUAUUUAUUUUCACUGGCCUCUCGCAGACGCCCGUCGACCAGGUCGCACGUGCAUUCAUAAAAAGGUCUAGUGCAGCGACCUUGAAGCUACUCAUUGAAUGAACAUAACGCGCACCUACGACCGUGGUGACCGUCGCUUUAAUCGUACAUACAUUAGAAUACCGCGAGUAUAAUGUUUCCUUAAUCUCGAGCCUUUAAUCGGACUAAAGAUUGAGAUUGGAAUUUAAUCGAUCAUAGGAAAGUAGAUCAAUCUCUGAAGUUUAGUGAACUCUGCUUCGAUCAAUCAAAUUCCAAUCUAAUCUCAACCACGGGGCCUGUAUGAGAAUUUUAGAUUUAACAGCAUCGGUCUCAUGUUAUAACUGAUCUAUAUUGAUCACCUCUUUGGGAUCAUAUUUUUCGCAACGAUACGUUUUAUCGCUGAUCGAUUAUUAACGGAAUCGCGGAUUCCAAUUAUAUUUGUCAUUUGUAUGUGGCCUGAGGUCCUCUGCCGGCGCGGUGUUUCGUUUGAACAGCUGAGCUAACGGAAUUAGUAUGCUAGAGCAAACCUGGGAUUCCUUCGGCCGUGACGUUCCCCACUCGAGCUUCAGGAGUGGACUCAUCAGCAAGACCGAUUUACCCAUUCUUUCUAUUUCUUAUUAAAAUUGAUUAAAAUAAUAUUAAAAGUUUUAUGGAAUUGUGAUUAAAACGCUUAUAUGUAUAAUUUUCACACGCUUUUGACUUUCUACAGUAAAUGUUAAAUAUUACGAGAUAUUUGAAAAAAAUAAAACGAUACAGCCCGUUGUGCGAAGCAAUAGAUUCAAUGUGGGCCGACAGAGUCGUCCCAGUCACAAGAAUCGCGAUGGCACACUUACGACAAAAUUUCGUUACAAUCGUUCGGUAACAAACGGAUCGCUUGGGGCUGGCAGUGCUUUAGAUCCAUCACUGUCGGCAAACGGCGCACGAAACCGGUCAGUCGUUGCCUUGGCAGAAGGCGGAGAGAAUGUUCGUCCCGCGUGUUUUAGAAAAUUGACAAGUCGCAGGCGGAGGACACGCCGAUACAUUCGCGAGGACCGCGUCUCGUCGCGUGCCGGAUCAGAUCAUGUCGCGGCAGCGGAAACGCGCGCUCUUCCGGAUACUUCAAAUCAUCGUGUGCCUCGGAGUCGUCUCCUUGACCCUGAAGCUGUCCCUCGCCGUUAUCGGCGACGAGAGCAGACCUCUUCCCACGGACGAUGACUUGAGAAGGCUGAUGGUGAGUCACGCGCGGUUGCCCGCCGAGAGAUUUCAAAUCUCCGGAAGAUCGAGUACAAUUUUGGAUCGUUUAUCGCAGAUCGAGGCGGAAGCGGACAACACACGGCGAUCGUUAAACGUUGAAAGGGUGUGCAAGAAGUAUAAUUUGGGAUUUUAUCGAAAACUCGCCGACGACUCGCCGUUCAAGCAUCCGCCCGCGCCGCAGUACACCGUCUUCUACAUGGACAGAGUACACAACGUAUCGUACUGUCCGGUGUACAAGGCCGGCACCACGACCUGGCUCUACAAUCUCUGCCUGCUAAUGAACGUGCCCGAGGAGACGCUGAACAGCGGCAGAGAGCAGCUGUCGACCAUCGCCAGGCGCGCGAUACCGGAACUCGAAUAUCCCGAGGCCGAUCGCGUUCUAAACGCGAGCAGAAGGCUGCUGGUCGUGCGACAUCCGUUCGAGAGGCUGCUGAGCGCCUAUCGCGACAAACUGGAGAACUCCGUCGCCGGACGGGAACACGGGACGCUUCACUUCUAUCGCAAAUACGGUUCCAAGAUCGUACGGAGAUACCGCAAGGAAAAUUUCACGGGGCCACGGGCGGAUCAGGUGAUCCGACGCGAGGGUGUACCACCGCCAGCCGGAGUGGAACCGACCUUCCGAGAGUUCGUCGAUUACUUGAUCGAGACUGACCUAGGCAGUUACGGCGAUGAUCACUGGAUGCCAUAUUACCUCUUCUGCACGCCGUGCCUCGUCAAGUACGACAUUAUCGCGAAGGUGGAAUCGCUUUGGCGAGAUCAGGUGUAUGCAAUCAAUAAGUUAGGACUGCAGGACAGGAUCAAGCCCAGAUGGAGGCAUAGCAAUGGUUACGUUAAUGCUUCCAAGGUAUACUUCAGCCAGUUGAACAGAGCGAUGGUGCGAAGGCUGUACGAAAAGCUAAGGCUGGACUUUGAGCUAUUCGAUUACUCGCCCGAUGUUUACUACGAAUACGCUACGUCUGUCGACUAAUUAAAACUGAUUGAGCGUAACGAGCUUUGCAUUGCCAAUCUAUCGGACUAUCUUUAAAUUAAUACAAUUAUCGUAUCUCUCGAGCGUUGCUGUAAACUGUCAAAAGCGCAGAGAAUAGGCAUCUCGUUUGUGAGAUAUUUAAAAAAAAAGGAAAAGAGAAGGAUACCCGAAGCCUGUACACGCGCACACACGUAAUCCUGAUAAUUGAUGGAGCUUAAAUCACGUUACGUCACGCGACGAACUUUUGUCGGCGACGAAAAUCGAUCGACCUACUUCUCACUAUACCUAAUGUAUCGGACCGGACGGUUUGUCCUAAAGUCAAGGGUCCUCGAGUGGACGCGUUAAUCGUCGGGAAUCGCGACAACCCGAAGCGGGGCAUUACCCUGCUGACACGCGGCAGAAAUGGUGCCGAUUGGAUCUCACGCGAAUUUCCACGGAGUCACGUCUAAAUGAAUUUCUACAAAGAAUGAUGUCACGAUUUUUUCCAACUAUGAUAUAUCGAAGUCUACACGGAAAGAGUAGUUUUGCCGUAGUAUCUAACAAUUUGGCUAGAUACAGAUCUGAAAAUAAUUUUAUUGGACCAUCAAGAUAAUUGUAUAUAGUUACAUUCAAAUUGGUUGCUGAAAUCAAUUCAAAACUAUUCGCAGCCUUGCUCAAGGGGUCAUGCUUGCUCGCCCUACAUAAUUACUUUGAUGGAGUCCAACAAAAUUAUUUUCAAAUGUGUAAAUUUUAAUUACUUCAGCAAAACUGUUCUUCUUUCGUACAUAGAUUCAGUUGAAUGAAUGGGACCGAUUAAUCUCUUUACCGAAUCACUCUACAUUUAUAAAUCCGAUAUUAACAUAACGUUAUCAUUUUUAAUCAGCCUAUAAUUUAAUGUGAUACGUAUUAUUUGUGGAAAAUUUUAGAGAAAUAACAAAAAAUAUAUAUAGUUUACCGUU